AUGGAUAAGGCUUGGAUGCAUAUUGAAGAUAGAUUGCGUUCUAAUGAAUACGCAAAUGGCGUUAAACAAUUCAUAGAUAUGGCGAAGGCCCAUGCACCGGGUAGAGAAUGCAUCAGGUGUCCAUGUAAGAGAUGUCGUAAUCGAACUUUCCAUCCUAUUGCUAUGGUUGAGGAUCACUUGUUCUUCGUAGGUAUUGAUACAUCUUAUACGGAAUGGAUAUUCCAUGGCGAGGAGGAAACUUUGCCAGACGCCACAUUUCCGGAUGAAGAAGGUGAUGAUGCCUAUAACUACAAUGACUACAUUGAUGAUGUAGACGAGAUGUUAGAUGACAUCCGUGUGGGGUCCUUUAUGGAUAAUUCUGGUAGAACAGAAUAUAACUCAGACGCAGGGCCUUCACGACACACCUCUGAUACUCCAAUACACCCUAAUUUCGAUGAGUUGCUAGACGAUGCAAAAAAACCACUUUAUCCAACCUGCACAGAGUUCUCAAAGCUAUCAUUCAUAGUCAAGUUGCUUCACAUAAAGACAGUUGGUGGUUGGAUUGUGAAGUCGUUUGAUAUGGUUGUAAAGCUUUUGCAAGCAGCAUUUCCUGAGGCUCAGUUCCCUGCCUCAUAUAACGAGGCUCGUCGCUUACAACGUGGUUUGGGCUUUAGUUACAUAAAGAUACAUGUAUGCCCAAAUGAUUGUGCAUUGUUUUGGAAGGAUCAUGCUGAUAAAGAUGAGUGUCCUAAAUGUAAUGCAUCUAGGUGGGCCUCAAGCACAACUAACCAAAAGAGGAUACCCCAAAAAGUCCUCCGCUAUUUUCCUUUGGAGCCACGGUUGCAAAGGCUAUUUAUGUCAAAGAAGACUGCCCAAGCCAUGAGAUGGCAUGUAGAAGAGCGUGUUGAUGAUCCCAACUUCAUGAGACAUCCAGCUGAUUCUAGGGUAUGGAAAGACUUCGAUAACAAAUAUGAUUGGUUUGCCCAAGAUCCUCGUAAUGUCAGACUUGGUCUAGCAAGUGAUGGGUUCAACCCAUUCAAUAACAUGAGCAAACCGUACAACAUUUGGCCAGUGCUACUUGUGCCUUACAACUUGUCCCCUUGGUCAUGCAUGAAAGAUCCAUACUUGAUGAUGUCGUUGUUAAUCCCCAGACCCAAUGCACCGGGAAAUGAUAUUGAUGUGUUCCUGCGUCCCUUAAUAGAUGAGUUGAUUGAACUAUGGGAAGAGGGAAUUCGUACGUAUGAUGCAUACAAACGAGAAUCAUUUCAAUUGAGGGCAGCGUUGCUCUGGACCAUCAAUGAUUUUCCUGCAUAUGCAAAUCUUUCUAGCUGGAGCAUAAAGGGUAAGAUGGCAUGCCCUACAUGUAACUUAGAUACAGAUUCACUAUGGCUUGUGCAUGGCCGAAAACAUUGUUAUAUGGGUCAUCGUCGGUGGUUGGUGCUAGAUCAUAGUUGGAGAAGGAAAAAAAAUGCUUUUAAUGAUAAGGAGGAACACCGUCUCCAACCUAAAAUGAAAGCGGGACAAGCUUUAAUGGAGCAAUUACAUGAGGUCUCAAACGUGCAGUUUAGUGAAUCAACAAAGAAGAGGAAACGUAUGCCCAAUGAACUUAAUUGGACAAAAAAAUGUAUCUUCUUUGAGCUUUCUUACUGGUUAGAUUUGGGAUUGCGACAUAACUUGGACGUUAUGCAUAUUGAAAAAAAUAUUUGUGAUUCAAUCCUGGGAACCUUGAUGAAUAUGGAAGGCAAAAGUAAGGACACCGCCAAUGCGCGUAGGGAUUUGGAAGAUCUUGGACUAAGAAAAGAAUUACAUUUACAGCAUGAUGGUAAUCAUACUUCUAUGAGUCUUGCAUGUUACACGUUAAAUGUAACCGAGCGAAGGAGUUUUUGUGCACGUUUGUCAGAAGUCAAAUUUCCAGAUGGUUUUGCCUCAAAUAUUGCCCGGUGUGUCAACAUUACUGAAGGAAAAAUCAUGGGGAUGAAGAGCCAUGAUUGUCAUAUCUUUAUGCAAUAUUUGUUGCUAGUUGUUAUUGACAUAACAGUGUUGGAACGGCUUCAAGCUAAUGUCCCCAUCAUUCUUUGCAAAUUAGAAAUGAUAUUCCCACCUGCAUUUUUCGAUAUCAUGGUGCAUCUUGCCAUUCAUCUGCCAGAUGAGGCAUUACUAGCAGGACCAGUUCAGUACAGGUGGAUGUAUCCUUUCGAGAGUGAUCACUAUAACAAAAUGAAAGAAGAGGAUCCCAAUAACAUCGAGCGUAGGCACCAAAGUCAAUUCCCAACGUGGUUCCGAACACGCAUUGCCGAGUUGCAUGCGAAGACUUCUCCCGAGGUGACCGAUGACAUAUAUGCAUUAGCAUGUGGUCCAGAUCCACUAGUUGCAUCAUAUGUUGGCUGUAUAAUGAAUGGAAUUCGGUUUCACACGAAGGAUCUCGAAGGGCGUCGCCGCACCCAAAACAGUGGGGUUGUUGUUCAUGCCGACCAUGAAGGAUUGCCAAUUGACUUCUACGGUGUGUUGCAGGACAUCAUAGAAUUACGCUAUAUGGAUUGGCGUAAGUGUUUUUUGUUUAAAUGUGAUUGGUGGGACAUUGGCGAUACGAGAAGGGGGAUACACAUUGGGGAUUACUUCACGAGUGUCAAUACUUCUAGGCAAUGGUAUAAAGAUGAGCCUUUCGCUCUAGCAUGUCAAGCGUUGCAAGUGUUUUACAUAAAAGACCUGACUUUGGGGGGAAGUUGGCACGCGGUACACAAGAUAACAAAUAGGAAUGUUUACAAUAUUCUCCACAAGACCUUAGACUUGCAUGAAGUUGAUGAUGAUUCUGACGUUGUUGAAACAAAAGACGAGAGUGACACUGAUGUUAGGAACUAUGGUAAUGUUAAUGAAACUAACCCAGGCAUGCUCAAUCCAUUGACCCGAGUAAAUGAAGACCACUUGCUUGUUGAUCCAUCAACGUUGUCACCAAAGCAAUUGGCUGAAGAAAGUGACGAUGAGGCCUUCACUGAUGAUGAAAACAUUAAUGAUGCUUUUUGGAUGGAGAACAUAGAUGAGGGGGAUAGCGAUGGUACUGAAUAA